AUGUGGCUGUUUGAGGAAAAUAUACAAAAAGUGCUGGAGGAAAAUUCGGAAAACACCAAUUUCGAGUUAAAGCGCGCUAAGGAGCACAAUGUUACCUUGGCUGCUAAGCACAAAGGACUUGAACGCGAACACAAUGAGCUGAUUGAGAGAUUCAAAGCUAGUCAGGUGAAAAUCAUCGAUGAUAAAAAUGACCUCAAUGCAUUACAAGAAGAGUUGAGGCAACAAAGGAAAACAACUCAAAAAGCCGAGGAACACUUGAGGAUUUGUAUUGAAAGACUUGAUGUGAUUCAAGCUUAUUUAAAUGACGAUAAGACAAACUCAGGAGCCAAUGACUUGAAACCAAUUCACGAAAACCUGGACUUCAAAUCUAAUGUAGUCGAUUGCUUAGAGAAGAAGCUGACAGAGACCAGGCUGAAAAUAGCCGAGCAAGAAGAACUUAUUGAAGUCUUGGAGGAUUACAAAGGGUGUCUAGAAAAGGACGUCGCUACCUUAAACAAAGCACAACCUGUAACUAGCAUAAGCAAAUGGCAAGAUGAGUUGCUUGUGGCAAAACUGAAGGAAUCAGAUACGAAUUUGGAGUUUGGGAAGAUAAGACGAACUUUGAAUAGCUUGAAAGCAGAAAUACUGGAAAAUAGCGAGAGCAAACGUUUUUCUACACAUCAUGGAGAUAGCAAAUAUAUUAAAGAGCUAAAAAUGCAACAAAAUGAAUCAAUCAGCAACUCAAUAGAAUUGGAGAAUGAAGCAGAUCGACUCAAGAUACAGAUACAGAGACUACAAGAUAUGCAAGAUGAUAUAACUAAAAAACUAUAUUCAAACGAAGAACGCAAGGUUAAUCUGCAUGAAAUCAGAGCAAGUAUUUAUAGUAGAACAAUUAAAAGAGAAGCAGAAAUUAACAAAGUCGCAGAGAAAUGUAAAGAAUUAGAAGAAAAAGUAACAGGGGAGGUAAAUUUUAUACAAAACGCAAUCGAUAACAAAUUGGAUGAACUUAAAAUGUUGGAAGAGAAGAUUAGGUCCCUACGGAAGCAAAACAUUGUGAUAUCGGAAGUCCAAGAAAUAUCGCUAGAGGAAACUACGAAAAAUACAGAGGAGAACCUAGCUGAUGAAAUCGAGCAGCUCCAGAAACAGAUUGUUUUCAUGAACAAUUCAGAUAUGAAAAGAUGUUGAUAAUAAAUGAUUAAAUUUGCAAGAGUCAUGAGACAGUGCAAGAAAUCUCAAUGGAUUAUUCGUAUAUAAUGUCGU